CGUAAAGUGCAGCUUCUCCGACGUAAAAGCAUCUUUUGAUAAACGGAAUCGCGGAUACGUUCGACGACCUUCUCUGUUUCGUCUGAAUUAGAUCAAUUGUUCUGUUACUUCUCUUGACACUUUCAAGCCUCAAGAACACACGGAAACAUCAUGGCUUCCUCUCUCCGCUCCCUCGCUCGUCCAUCCACCCUCAGAGCUGUCUCGGCUACGCAACCUCUGCGAUGUCUGACAACAGCAAAUAAAACCUUUGUCCGCACCAAGGCCACUCUACCUGAUCUUUCUUAUGAUUAUGGAGCCCUUGAACCAGCCAUUUCCGGGAAGAUCAUGGAGCUGCACCACAGCAAGCACCAUCAGACCUACGUGAACUCCUACAACGAUGCUGCAGACAAGUAUGCCGCUGCGGAUGCCAAUGGCGAUAUAGCCGCCAAGAUUGCUCUCCAGCCGUUGAUCAACUUCCACGGUGGUGGCCACCUCAACCACAGCCUAUUCUGGGAGAACUUGGCUCCCAAGAACUCCGGCGGUGGUGAACCUCCCUCUGGAGAAUUGGCAAAGGCCAUCGACACGACAUACGGUGGUCUCGAGGACAUGAAGAAGACGUUUAACGCAGCCUUGGCCGGUAUCCAAGGCAGCGGUUGGGCCUGGUUGGUCAAGGACACACAGACUGGAAAUAUUUCCAUCCAGACAUACGCCAACCAAGAUCCUGUGGUUGGUCGAUACAAGCCCUUGCUGGGUGUCGAUGCUUGGGAGCAUGCGUACUACCUCCAGUAUCAGAACCGCAAGGCCGAAUACUUUAGUGCAAUCUGGGAUGUGAUCAACUGGAAGGCGGCCGAAAAGAGAUUCAGUAGCUAAGAAAAAUUUCUUGCUCAUCUAAAGCAUGUACAAAAUUGAGAUGUAUAGCCUCUAUGCGGAACAAGCGCGUCUCAUGAAUAUUCACAAUUAAAAUGUUGAUCACAAACAUGUUCAUUUCCAUUUUUAUAUAGCCCGAAUCCAAAUGCCUACUACUGAAUA